AUGUGCUUCUUUGGCUCAGACGACGACAAUAUGCCUCCGCCGCGUUAUAUCGACCCCCCUGAAGGAGCCAAAUUCGUUACCUCUGGAGGCUCAGGCUUGCUGUAUGCCUACCCCAACAAUACCACUGAGAUCAUAAAGAUCUGCUCUCAUGACCCCGACUCUAUUCGCAAUAUUGAGAUCGAGAAGAUUAUCCAUCAAAACAUCAUGAGCGCUGGGUCCCACCCUCAUGUUGUCAAGUGUAUCAAAGUCCUCGCCAAUGGAGUUGUCCUCGAACGUGCUAAGCAUGGGGAUCUACGUGACUACUUCAGGCAAGGAGGUACUGCAACCAUGGCUGAGCGUAUCAAAUGGUGCAGAGAUCUAGCCAGCGCUGUCGACUUCAUCCAUGGGCUUCACAUUCGUCAUGCUGAUAUCUGUGGUAAAAACAUCUUACUCGACGCCAACCGCAAUAUCAAGCUGUGUGAUUUUGCCGGUUCUUCCUUCUGUGGCACCUCUCCAUCUGUCUCAGCUGAACUUGGCUUUGCCCAUCCAAACCAGGACCAAGCCCGUCGCGCCACCAUCAUCGUUGAACUCCACUCUUUGGGAUCGACCAUGUAUGAGAUUCUCACUUCAACUCGUCCCUUCGAUUUUGAAGAACGUCCUGCUGUCGUCUCCCAGUUGCUCUACCAUGGAGUCUACCCUUCUGUCGACCAAAUCCCCCUUGGAGAUAUUAUCAUGUCGUGCUGGAAAGGAAAAUACCCUUGCGUCUUGCAAGUCGAGCAUGCGAUUCAGGAUGCUAUCGAGCACGGUUCGCUUACCCCUAUCUAUAACUCCUGA